UUUGCCUUCCAUUUUAGUUAAUUUUCAGAAAUACAUAUUCAAAUGUAUUUUUAUUCCUUUUUUUCAAAUUAUUUAUUUAUUUUUGGAAAGCCAGAUUUCCAGAGAGCAAGACAGACAGAUCUUCCAUCUGCUGGUUCAUUCCCCAAAUGUCUUCAAUGAUUGGUGUCUCCCCUGGGUCUCCCACAUGGGUGUAGAGUCCCAAGGCUUUGGAUCAUUCUCCACUGCUUUCUCACGUCAUCACCAGGAAGCAGGAUGUGAAUUUGCAGGAGCUGGGGCAUCGGGUGUCAUGUCUGCCUUGGCUAACAAAACUAUAGUGAAGAAGGAACUGCUGUCCAAGGUGGCUGGGAAGGACGAGUACCGGGUCAAUAACAAGCAUGACGACAGGUACUCACCACUGCAUCCCAUCAAGAUUGUCCAGCUGGCCAUGGAGAAGGUCCUGGAAGUGGUCCAAAAUGUGGUCAUGGCAGUACUCUUGGGUAUUCUGGGCGUGGGAAUGAGAAUGAGAGUGAAUCAUAACAAUGACAAACUGUAUCUAUUCCAUUUAAAAACUAUGUGAAUAUCACGGUAGACAUAGGCAAAUGUGUCCAUAAUACACAUUUAAAAUCUUAUCUCCAAAAUGAUAAAUAUAUUAUGCUAAAAAAUGCAUCAAAAGCAAAAAAAAACUGAAAAAACAAAAACAAAAAACCUGACUUUGCCUGCGCUGUGCAGUGGCUCCCGGAGUGUAGCAGGAGCUGCUGUUGCCAAGCUUGGCCAAUAAAGACUCCUCCUAACAUCCUA